AGCGGCAGUAGUACAGUGAGGCGGGCGGAUUAGUCCCUGCCUGGCGCUCCGCUCCUGCAGAGGCACUGUCACUUCCCCGGCUCCUCACCCCGCUCCCACGUCUCUCCAUUCUCUCACUGCUCAGCCGCUGGUGUUUAUGUGGGGGAUGUUCCUAUUUCCAUUGCUUCACUCCGUGCCGCCACCGCUCCCCUGAGCCUGGCAAUGCCCUGCCGCCCGGGGAGAUGAGGGAGACAUGAGAGAACAAAGGGACACUCUGUACAACGGACUCACCCUGCUCUCCUUCCGCUAGGACUGAGCCAACACACAAAGGGGAGACUCUAGACAUCGGUGCCGCCAUGAGCUGUGUAUAAACGAGGCGGGAAGACAAAGCCAGGAUGGAGCUGUACUGGUACAUAAUAGUAAUCAUAUUUAUCAUCAUCAAAAUCUUCUUUUACGUGUGCUGGUAUCGAUCCCGACAGAGGCAGCUGGACGCGUAUCUCAGCAACCCUCGCAACGCGCAGAUUGUCAUUGUCGGCGGCAGGGCCUACCUACACCAGCUCUGUGAGCAGCGGCAAAAUGCUUCUGUUUGGGCAAACUGGUACGGAGUGCAAGACGACAGCUCGGUCGGGGAACCUGCGGCCUCGUUACCCCCCGCACCCUCCUACAGCCAGCUGGAAGUGCCCCCUCCCUAUGAAGCUCUCUCCACAGCGGAUGAUUUGAAGCCCCCACCUUACAGCGAGCUUGCCCCCCCGGCCGUCAGUGACCCAGACUCGCAUACACUGAAUAUCACAGACAACUACGAUGCGUGUAGCUUGAGCGAAGCUCCUCCUCCUUAUACUCCUGCAGCGACAGAAGAAAGUGCGGUUCCGCCCUACAGUCAGACUGUGGCACAUACAGCCCCGACAGACUCCCGCAGUUCCAGCUCCUAAUUCUGCCACCAAACCUGCUCUUGCCCUAUGGAAGAAUGCAGAAGGGCAGUUGGCGCCGCUAUCCUCCCGCCCACGUCCCAGCGUUUCUUUCCUUCCUGCAGUUCAUGGGGAGUUUGCUUGUAUCCAGUGUUUUUCUAUGCACUCGGACUGUUUACAUAGACGCCGUGCAAGGAACCGCGCAUCUUGCUUCUACUGCUGCCACCGCCGUGGCAAACUCUGCAUCACCAAACUGUGAUCUGGUACAAGUGCACUGACAAUAGAAAACUCCAAACUUUUUGUUUUUGGAAUUAAAAUGGAUCGGGAGGUAAAGGAAGUGAGCUGUACUGUUGCCUUUAAUUGCACAGAGACCCUGACACUCUCUGUCGCAGCGCUGACUGCGUUGCCGCCGUAUGCAGUGGAGUUGCAUUGCAUCCAUUAAGAAAUUGCACUUCCAAAAAGGAAGCCAAAUUGUUACUUGUUCCCAUUAUCUGUGACUGAUUUAACCAAUAUUUUCUAUGGAUAUUAUGAUCUGUUCAGCCAAUCACGAUGCAGGAAAUAACUACAGUCUGCCUCUAUGCCUCACCCAGGGCCUUCAUGCCUACAACAGCCUUUUGUAUACACAAUGGAUGGACCAACACAAAGGACCAUGGGGGAACCACCAACGUCACAGCGUAGGUGCAAAGCCAGCAACCCAUUCAGGGAUAUAUCUGCCCAACCUUGUUCUCUUUCAUGUUCAAAUAACAGUUGCAUUUUGAAACUGGAGCUAUUUUUGCACUGGAGCACAACUGGAGCAAUGCUAAAGGGAGGAAUUCAGCCACUGACUGGGGAUGCCACUGCUUAAAGGAGCCCCUAUGUCAGUGCCAGCACUUUUCCUGGCAAGGGAGUGUCAUUUGAGCAUCUUAUGUUCUCAGACAUAAAGUAAAACCACUUUCUCUGGAUGGUAACACAGGUAGUUAGAAUAUAGAGUAGUAGUGAGUAUCGUCCUUUGCCUUCUUAUCAUCCCUAUUAUUCCUUACAGUACGAUUGGUUGCGCCUGUAUAGUCUCUAGGGUAUUCAUCCUAUACUUGCUCAAGCCACUGGGGCAUUUAAUUGCACAGCUUUCGGUGGCAGGUAAUCGCCUGUGCUAGAAUUUAGCUUGAGGGGGUAACCGCAGGGUUCAGCUGCACUACACCUCUGUCACAUGCCUAGGCAAUAGGGGCAACUGUUUCAUUGGCUGGAGGCAAGUUCAAGUCCGGUCAGGUGACCUAUAGGCCUGGGUUUGUGCUUUCGUAUAGGUCACAGUACUUUGUGACAUGGGGAGGAACAGAACAAACUGCAAAAAACGAGAACAAACUCACCUUGUUUUUGCAUUUGGCUACCUGCCCUGCACAUUAAGUAUGUGCCUAGGGUACAGCUGGGGAGGCACUAGGGCCCCUGUGGGUAUUGCACAGGCUGAAGCGCUGUGUAACAUGGAGUAGAGAGGUGGUGUUUGAUGGUGACCAAGGGGGUUACUGGGGGAAGUUGGUGGCCAGCAGGGUGUCCUUGCUUUCUGGCCCAGCUCUGCUCUACAUCUCCUGUAACCACCAAGUCUUUCAUUGCCAGAUGUUCUAGGAGUUCUAGAUCAGCAGCAGCUGGAGGAUAGCCAGGUUUUAUACCCUUAGAUGGGAGGCAAUGAUGCAUCAUUCCUUAUAAUACAUGCUAAAACUGUGAAUAUGAAACCACGUGUUGUGCAGAGUGUAAAUGGCAAAUGCCAUUGUAUCUAUUGCCCAUAACAGGAUUCUCCACUGAGAAGCAUUAGUGUUCUAUUGACUGAUGCAGUGUCCGGUGCAUAAAGUGAAGAUUAUGGUGGUGCCACGCGGUUACAAACGUACGUGGGAUCCUCAGGUCCAGUCUACUGGUAUUCACAGCCCAUCUCGGUGUCCAAGGGUUGGGCUACUGUGAUGCCAGUCACAGCCAACAUAUAAUAUAACCAUUAAAUUGUCUGUACCCUCCAACCAGUUUAUUAAAAUGGAGGCAGGCAUUUUCCAGUUUGAGUUUUCAAAAAGUCGCAUAACCCAAAAAAAAAAAAAAAACCAAUCUUGAAAAUGUGGAUGAAAUUGUUUUUAUAAUCAAGUGUAAAAAAUUAAGUGGGUGGAACAGUGUAAAUUCAAAGCUGGAUACAGAACCAGCUCUAUGGCGACUGGGUCCUGUAUUUUGUCUUAACCCCACAAAGGGCUACUAAUUGUUACAUGCUAAUACAGGGAAUUACCGCUGCCCGGCAGGUUUCUAUUGGGUCGAUAUUUUACACGGCAGAGAAUUUGUUAUAGAAAAUAAUUCAAAGAAAAGGUAACUGUGUCUUUGGAAAAGUUGCAGCCGACUCUCCCUAACUUGCA